AAAUGCUGCUUUCUCACCCGUUGCCUAGAGAGCUGUUGACUGCUGGUGCCUUGCAGAAUUAUAAUGUAUUUCAUACACCUAAUUACUAAAUCUGGUGGUAGCUUUGAUAAAUACUGAAACGUGAAUGGAUGCAGUUGACUUAUUCCAAGGGCAUUGUAACUGAGAGGAAAAUGUGAUUGAGUCUUAAAAUUUUUCUUUAUUAUGUCUCAGAUAAAAUAGCUUCUGUGAAUUGUUAGCUUAGUACUUAAGUAGUUUUAAAUAACCCGACUGUGGUUUACCUAUUAAGUGCCUGAACAUAUUUCCCAUAUUGUCCUGUCAGUUUGUUGGGUUGUGAAGUUAAAUAGAACACGCUUUCAAAAAUUUCUUACAUAGGAACAUGUAGUUUUGACUUAAAGGCAAAUGUUUUUUUCUCUGAAGACUCUGAGACUGGCACCUGGUCAGUGUUUCUGGGUAAGCCCAGGCUUAAAAGGUGUACCUGGGGAUAGUGGGGCCAAAGAAACUAGAUUUCUUUGAGUCAUGUCCCUGUUUGGGGCAGUGGCUCUUGAAGGUACAAAGAUGAUUGCAGCAAUUAUUCAGCAGAGGUAGAACAGGCCUGUUUGUGAGCAGCUUGUCUGUGGGGAAAGCUGCUGUGUGUAAACAUGCUUAGAAGGUUAAGACAUUACAUGAAAACUCUUUUUUUAGAGAAUUAUUCCAGGUUUUCUUGGUGAAAUGGCAGCUGAUAAUUUUGGUCAAGAGGCUCUAAACUUUGAUUCUUUGUCAUCAGCAAAACUGAACAUGUGGAGAUGUCAGCAAGUAGCUGUGGAUGGAAAACUUAAUGCACCAAUAAGGAAGAGUUUGAAAACUUCACAGAAAUUCUACUGCUGUCCUAUUGAAGGCUGCCCUAGGGGACCAAACAGACCAUUUUCCCAGUUUUCUCUUGUAAAACAGCACUUUAUGAAAAUGCAUGCUGAAAAGAAGCACAAAUGUGAUAAAUGUAGUAACUCCUAUGGUACAGAAUGGUAUUUGAAGCGACAUAUAGAGGUCUGUGGCAAGACUUUCCAGUGUACUUGUGGAUGCCCUUACGCCAGCAGAACAGCAUUGCUGUCUCAUAUUUACAGAACUGGCCAUGAAAUUCCUGCAGAACACAGGGAUCCUCCUAGUAAGAAAAGGAAAAUGGAAAGCUCUGCACACAAUCAGCAGUUGGCAGAGAAAGCAAAUGAAGCAUUCAUCAAUACACACAAUAGUAAUCCUGGCACUCAGGAAUUGGAGUCCUCUGAAGUGAAACUAGUGGCCUCUCUCAAAGGCUCCUGCAAUCCUAACUUCACAAACCAAAUGCAGCCAAAGUGUAUGCCCAAGAUGCUUUUGCCAAAGCCCAGAGUGGCUUUGGUUAAACUUCCAGUGAUGCAGCUGGCUCACUUGCCUAUAUAUGUAUCUGCAACAGACUCUUCUGUCAAACCUGCUGUUGUGGCUGUUGAUAAUCAAGGUUCAGUUGUAAGUACUGUUCAUUUACUGCCUCAAUCGAUAGGAAUUCUGAUUCCAGCACUGGAGGCAGAAACACUUGUAUUUAAAGACAGUAUGCCUGUUUCAAAAGUGACAAAUUCUGGUCAUAACGAACCAAUCAGUACUGGUGUACAAGUUGAGUUGGAUAAGAUUACAACGAGUAACACAGGGCAAGAGCUGGGGAACGUUUGUCAGAAGAAUAAAAUUUCCUCGAUAAAUAUACAGACUGACUUAUCUUACAUUUCUCAGACCUUGCUACCAGCUGCAGCCUGGACUCCCAGUUCGUCUGUAUCCUCUUGCUCUCAGACAGAUCUGUCGUUCAGCUCACAGAUUUCAUUACCCAUCAGUGUGCAAACACAGACACUGCUGCCUGCUUCCAAACUGACUUCAUCCAUAGCUGCUCAGACUGAUGCUUUUAGUCAGGCUUGUUUUCCAACGUGUGGCAUCUCUAGGGAGACUCAAACCAGUAGUACACAGGACUCAAUUGAUGGGAGAGUACAAAUGGACCAGGCUGUAAGGUGCAGUGACAUCUUUGACAAUGUUGAUUCGUCAUACAAUGUUUCUACUCACAUUGAACUUCCAGAGAACAAUUUAAUGUCUGCAAAUAUAGAUCAAACCUUGCUGCAAAGGAGUAAUUGCAAGAGCCUGAAUCAAGACACAGUCAAGUCUGAAUCCCUGAUCAGCUUCAAUACGCAGACUAAUAUACUUCCACCUCAAAAUACGAUGGAUAAUCAAACCCAGACAAUGGACCUACUAAACGAUCUGGAAAACAUCUUUUCAGGAAACAUGUCUGGCCAGACACUGGAUAAUCGUGGCCUUUUGUCUGAGACAAGUUCCAGUGCUGACACACAUCUGCCCUCUGGUCCAUCACAGGGCACAGGAAUAGACUUUGACAUUGAAGAGUUCUUUUCAGCAUCCAAUAUCCAAACUCAAACUGAGGAGAGUGAGUUCGGUACCCUGAACUCUGAGCCAGUUUUGGAGUCGCUGGACAUUGAAACUCAGACUGAUUUCUUAUUUUCAGAUAGUGCCACUCAGUCAUACAGCUGCCGAGGAAAUUCUAACUUCUUAGGGUUGGAAAUGUUUGAUACACAGACACAGACAGACCUGAAUUUCUUUUUGGACAGUAAUACCCAUCUGCCUUUAGGAAGUAUUCUGAAGCAGUCUAGUUUCUCCAUGAGUACCGACUCAUCUGAUACAGAAACCCAAACAGAAGUGUAUCCAGCUACUAAAAACCUACCUACUCAGAGUAUUGAAAGCAAAGUCCAGCUCAGUAGUGCUGAAACACAGACUAUGGAUAGCUGCUUUGAAAAUCUGGGGAGUUUAUUUCUUACCAGCAAUGAGACACAGACAGCAAUGGAUGACUUUCUUCUGGCUGACUUAGCCUGGAAUACAAUGGAGUCCCAGUUCAGUUCAGUAGAAACACAAACCUGUGAAGAGCUGUGCUCCUUGUUUCAGAGCUCUGACAAGCCCAGCCAUUGAGUGCUGCGUGAUAUAACUGUUUCCUGUGGUUUGACUUUAAAUUAUUGGGGUGGGAGGGAUGGCUUGACCAAGGUAUCCACUUUGCAUUAUUGAAUGUAGUUAUUGUAAGCAGUUGGCCUAAGAGACUUCUCAUGCUGAAGGUACUCUGUUGAAUCUGUAACUUUACAUAAGCUGUGUGUGUAUAAAUGGGGGGAAGGAGGGGCUGUAACAUGAUAAUGUAUAUUUCGACCUUAAAAAACAAAGUACGUGGUGCCUAUGUUUUUUCCUCAGACUUCUUUACAAAGCUGAUACUGCUUUAAUUUCAGUGGAAGAGCUUUUGAAGUUGUUAUAUAUAUAUAUAUGUAUCUCUGUCUAUUCCUGGCUUACGUAUAGGGUUACAAUGUGCUGGACCAAAACCCCAACCUGUCCAAUUCAGAUGCUUCCCUGAAUUUACUGGGAAGGAUUCUACUAGUGUAAGCUACUUCUGUUUACUCUGUUUAGUAGCUUAUAUUUCAAAUCCAGCAUGAACAAAAUAAGCCAUGUUGUCUUCUUUUACUUUAUGCCUUCGCAUCUUUUUCUCCUGCAUAAGUUGAUAUUUUCCAAAUACCUGUCCAACACACUAGACAUACAAAGGCUCUGGAAUUGUUCAAUAUGUUUAUUACUAAAAGUAUGUAGAAAGCAGUACUUUUAUAAUUUUUUUUCCUGAGUAGCACUGAUGCCCUUAGAAGCAUAGGAAAAGGACUUGGAAUGCAUAAUUAUAGGGAAAAUUAGUAUGUUGUUCUUCAUGCUAGUGUAAUAAAUGGGACUAAUAUUUGUAGAGUCUGCAGGAGGCAUUAAAUUAUUUCUUUCUUUAAGAUGCAAAUGAUACAAUGUGAGUGUCCCAAAGACUGGAAUAAUUUGUUUGUGCUGAAAUUAAGCUUUAUUAAGAUACAAGUUGAGAAAUGUUAGUGGUUUAUACCUCUGUUACCUUUACAGAAGUCUUUACAAAUGGGAAGUGACAUUCUCUAAAAUACUCACCUUGGGUCCUGCUUCCAAAAACAGUUGGAACCUGUACAGCAGAGCUGAGAGAUGAGCUCACAGAAGCCCUUUCAGAACAGCUUUAUCUUGUUUUUGCACAUUGAUUUGCAGCCCUCAGUUCCUUCAGCAUUCAGAGUUUUUCUAAGUAUGUUCAAGUUCAAACAAACUGAGUUUUCAGAGAAGAAACGUGUGACCUCUUGGAAUUUUUUUUAAUGUUCAUCUUUCCCCUCUUGUGAUUGUUUGCAGUAUUUAUCAUUUGCAUGGGGGGGGGGGGAAAGCCAGUUGUGAAUGUAUUUUAGAAUUUGGCCUUAACUGAUUUUUAUCAUAUAUGAUAAUACCUGCAAAAUGCAGGCCUCUGGUUUUGUCCUGGAAUGGUUUUAGUUUCUGUUACCUUAAAUGAGAAGAGAAACCUCCUCUUGUCAGGGUCCUGGGCCUGUAGCAGACUAUACUCCUCCAUUGUGAGAGGAGAGGUAUUGGCUGCAUAUUUAUUAGGCAGCUCAUCAGUGAUGUAUGUCCAAGCCUUAGUUCCUGGAGACUUGCUGUGCUUUGUGCUUCAUAUCUUCAACUCAAGGAGGUGGGAGUUAAGUUACUCAUCCAUUUUAUUUGUUUUUGUCUUCUGCUAUCACUCUUUAAACUGCCAUAGUGAAUAUAAUUAGUUAACACACUAAUCUGGUAAACAUCUCUACUUCUACUGGAAAUAAUGUCUUUAGACUAACCCUGAAACUCUUCCUCCUGAAAAAAAACCUGAAACCACAACUGUGUUGCCUGAUGUAAUUUUUUAGCAUUUCUAGCUGCAAGUUCAGAAAGUUCCAGUCUUUGAGUGAAGAAACUGAAUAAAAGAAUCUUGUAGUUUCCCCCAGGAGAACAGUGACUCUGCUUUGGGGAAGUCCCCUCAGUUUUCACAAUGCUUAGAGUUCUGAUCCUAAAGGUAGGUUAUAUUAGAAAAAGGAAGACAAUUUAUAUUUCUGUUUCUUUUGAAGAUACAACUGAUUGAAAUUUACCUGCCUACUUUGAAAAUUGGGAAAUAAGAUCGAUUACAACAUUAGGUUGAUUUUUUUUUUUUCUGUUGCAGUAUUUUUCUAGUAAUGUUGCAUCGUCAGGUUUUAAGGUGUUUUUCUUUCUCCUUUCUUCCCCCUUGCUGGAAUACCAGAGAACAUUUCUUCAUACAUAAGCUUCUGUGAUUCCCAUGUGCAAGUUGUCUGUACUGAUGCCUGAAAGAAGCAGUUACUAUAAAUCUGGUUGGGGAAAAGUGCAUUUUUCCACAUCUGGAGAAGGGAGAAAUGAAGAACUGUUCAUUACCUCUGAAUUUAGAAAGUCUUUUUUUCUGCAAGAGCAGGAGGAACCUUGGGUGAUGAGGAGCAGAAUUACAGAAGGCUUUGAAUUGUGAGAGACCAGCUAGAAUUUCAAGAACUUUGAAGGUAAUUUACAGAUCAGAAUGAGAAUUGCCAUGUUCUUGUGGUUUAAGCCAAAGCUCUUAACCAUGGACUAUCAGAAAAAAAAACCAACCUUGAGGUUUGUGUGGACACAAUCUUGCUGUGUAAUUGUUAGUCAUUUAUUGUACUUUGUAAUUAAAAGUAUUUAUGAGCUUUGUGUGUUUUAUUAGAACAUGCAAAUACCAUUCUCUUCCUUCAUCCUGCAGGUUUCAAAUAGUUAGAACUUCAGUUAGGUGAACACGGUACUACAGCAUGAAAUUAGCUAUUGAAAAUGCAGCAUUAAGACAUUAUUAAAUAUGUUUGCAUUGUCUUUGGGAAUUGGCUCAUUCUGACCAAAAUUAACUUAUUUCCUCAUAAAUGUAUUUCUUCGUAAAUUUGGUUCUCCAUAAAUUACCCAUAAAGUCAAAAAGGUUUGCUGGCAUAUGUAAUUCAGUUUGGAUUUAUUAUUUUCAUUAAAAUGUGAUGACUGCAAACAGACUUCAUAGUUUGCUGAAUCCCACAGUAAACCUUAUGAAACCUACUCUGAAAUACUGUUGCUGAAUAUUACAAAUCCUUAGGAUUUGAACAAGUUCUUUAAAAUGGCUAAUUUUCUAUUUUGGCCAUUGUUUUAAACUUAAGUCAGAACUAUUUCUUGGUAGCACUAAAAUGAUAACUUGUCACCCUUUUUCUGCAGUUUGUUUCUGAUUUGAUUUUCCAGGCACUGUCUCCAUUGUAAGUAUUGGUCAGCAGGGACAUUAUCCUCUUUUGUGUCCUCUGCUGCCAUUUGGACUGCUGUACAAAAUUAAUAUCAGAUUCUCUGUUGCCUCUUAGCACAAAAGUUUUGUCUGGAAGCAAUACUAAUGUUGUUUGUGCUUUUUUAUUUCCUGCUGAAUUCUGUUAUGCUGGGAUUGCUGGAUCUUGAUCUGAUUGCCUGUGUAAUGCUACUCUAAAAUCGAAUUGGCUGUUCUGUACAUUCACUUGAACUUUUCUUUAGUACAUAAAAAAUCACACAAGUGAAACAUAGCAAGUUUGGGACAUGCAUUCUAUGAGAACAUAGGGACAGAACAGCUGAAAAAUGUGGACUUGUCUCAUUGCCUUCCAUGUUUCUUUGGAACAAUGCCACGUGUUUGUAUAACAGUAGGUGAAUGUUUCUUCUAACUUUGGCUUUAUUUUCAUCUAUUUCCACUAAUACACUUGUAAAUACUUCUUUUUGCUUUGGGCAGGGGGGGAAUCUUUCCUUAACUCUUCAUGUCAGCCUAGCGAAACUGGUAGUUCAGAGUUUACUGACACUGUGUAUUCUUGUUCUAUGCAAAGCUGCUUGUGUCUAGAAAAUUUUCACUUCCAAAGGAUAUGAAAUCUUAAAAAAAAAAAAAAAAAAAAAGAGAGAGAGAGACAUAUACUUGCAGCUAUAAAUUAAACAGCUGUAAAGCAAGCCUUGUGGGACCUCAUCUAGUUUUUAACAAUCAGUGUCUGUAACUUAAUGUAUGUAACUAACACUCCUUACACGUUUUGAUUCCAAGCAGCACAGAGUCUUUCUUUCUGUUGAAAACAAAGAGCUGAAUUUCCCUGUUAGUCAUAUGUACCUGCAUUGCUUUAGAGGCAACAGAACAAAGAAAGAUGACUGCCUUCCACUCUUUUAUCCUGCUCAUGUGAUCUGAACUGAUACUUUGUGAGGGUGGGUAGAGAUUUAAGUGUUGGCAGGACUGGGAUCUUAGCAUGUUAGAGGGUUUUUUUAAUAGUCUUUCAAAUAUAGGUUAAGUCAAUAGGACUAAUAGAUACUGACUCGACCUAGGGUGCUCAACUGGCAAAAGGGUAUGUUACUGAAAUGACAACUCAGAGGUGAACCAAAUGUACUUGCCUUUAUCAUUAAGGUUGUACAGCUUUCUUUGCUUUAAUGUAUUUCUGAUGUGUUGUUUUUUUAAACAUGAUCUUCAUGUACAAUUUACUGUUCCAAAUACAUUCACACCAAAAUGAUGCUAGCAUUCUGGGCCUUGCAAGCUUUUUCAUUCAUGUGUGGUUUAAGGUGCUGCUCUGCUUGUGUUCCUAAUAGAAUAGGCCUACUGUAAACAGACUCCCAUUAAUAACUGUGGUUGAACACUCUGACGGUUGUUUAAUGGUAGUAACACUUCAAUGCAUGGUGCAAACAUGCAUCCUCUGUUUCUUCGGUUGUUGUUUUGUAACAGUUGUGAUUUUAAAUGCGUGCUAGAAGGAUUUGCUGCUUAGAGCAUGACUGAACUUUCUAUGCAGUGAGCAGCACCAAGGAACUCCCCUGUUCAGCUCUGCAUUCCCUUGCAGUCGGGUUGGAGUGUGUUUGUGUCGGCGCGCCUGACUCUUCCACUCCACUGAAAAUGUCACCAGACAGCCUGAAACAGGGAAACUCCUGAAGGAACUGCUGAGUUAAAUAGCAUAAGUCCUUCUGAUUCUUUUUCAUAUACUGGCUUUACAGCAGUUUCUUCAACGUAACCAGCAAUGGAACAUAAUGGAUGACUUGUGGUGUGAACUGCACAUUUCACAACAGAUGCUUUCCAUGCUUCAAGCAGUUGCAUGCAGAGCUAGACUGACAGUGCUCCUGUCUACAGACUCUUGCUAGUGCAUCUGUAAGAAAGCUUGAUCUGAAAGACAGCCAUAUUUUUCUCAGCUUACAGAAUUCAGCACCUGAUUAUGAUCUAAUUUAAACUUCUUGUUUGGAAUGGAUGAGUAAUAAAUUUCAUGGGUGAGUCUUUCCAAAAGCAUGGGUGAGUUACUCUCAAAAGACUGAGAAAUGUCCUUAAAUAUUUUUUCUUCUCAUCACUGGUGGGAUUUUCGUCAAGUAGACAAAUUUAGUUUUCAAAGGACAUCCAUGUUUAAUUCUUGCUAUUUAAGCCAGUAAACUUGCAGUGAGUUUCAAAAGCAAGCAUUCAUUUCUUAGGCCUACUUUACAAGUGACAAUCCCAAAGAAGGAAUAUUGUCCUAGUAAUUGUGAAACUUUUACAUAUAUUAAUGCAUGCAGAGAAAACCUUGUGCCAAAAUACUGUUUCUUAUUUCCCUCUUUUGGAAACUGAAGCGUUACAUGAAGCUACUAGUAAAUUAUUCACAAGUGUUGAAAUGUUUUGUUCACAAAUGAAGCACUUACUUAGUCCUGUAAAUUAUACAUAUUUUGGAAUAAAGUUAACUUAAAUCCA